AUGUCCACCGACGGGGAGCGGUUCGCGACGGCGACCGCGGAAUGUGUGCGGACUGCGCGCGAGGCGAUGGCCGGCGCGCACAAAAUGAUCGAAAGUUUGAAGGCGGACAAGGAUAGAGAUGGCAUUUCCCUGCUCGAGGUGAAGAAUCACGAUCUGCUGGCGUACAUGCGCGAGAUGGCGCUGAUCAUGGAGCGGAUGAGUGCCGGCGAAUCGAUUCAGGAAUGCGGGGCCGUUGAGCGAUCGAUCAGAUACAGGACGAUUCUGGAACGAAUAAAGCCCCUCGAAAAGAAGCUCGGCCCGCAGAUUGACAAGAUUUUGCAGGGCCCUGUCACCGGAGUGAAGCCAAAGAAGGCGGAAGCAUCCGAUGAAGACGACGAAUUUGACGAGGAAGGCGGAGAGGGUUCGGCAGCUGAAGAGGACGAGAUUGAGGGCAGUGAAGACGACGAGGACGAGGCCCCGGAGAGACGGCAGAGAUUCAACGCCUCAAAGAUCUUCGGCAUCAAUUAUGAGACGGAUCGCGAUCAGGAGCGCAAAUUGCGGAAGGCCGAACGGAACAAGAAGCGUGCGCUCGGCUCCACGCUCGUGCAAGAGCUCCGGCAGCAGUACAGCGAUGCGCCCGUCGAAGAAUAUAUCGACAAUACGGUGUCGACGCGUGUUCGACAACAGGAUCGCGAGCGUUUAGAACACGAAGAAUCGUUCCUGAUGCGCACCCGGAUGGACAAGGGCGAGAUAAAGCGAAGAAGGCGCGAGGCCAACGUGUCGAUGGUCGAUCAGCUGCUGAAAUUCGGCGACUAUAUGGCCGCUGAUGACGAGCUUCGCGGGAAGGUGCUCUCGCACAAGAAGCCGCGACGGGGCGGCCCGCAAAAGCGGAAAAUUGGCGGCGCCAAAGGACCGAGCAAAAAGAAGAAAUCCGGCGGGCCGAGCAAGGGGCGAAAGAAG